CGUAAAACACACCGCCCCACAAAAAGCCAACUUGAAUGUCGAGCUUGGAUUAAAUGCCUUCCGUAUAUCGGUGUUGUUGUUUAUGACAAACUAGUCUCAAAGGACCUUGUCGCGUUUGGUGAAGCCGUCUAAUAGUUUCGGAGUUGGUCUGGAGUGAAAUCUGAGGAUGCCGCGAUGUUCGCUCGUGACUGCUUGUGACACUCUGAGCCAAUUGAUUCAGUGACAGAUGUCCCCUGCGUGCUAGGACACAACCCAAACUAAUGGAAGUUGACGACGAUGAUGUGCCUCUUAUCCUCACCUGGGAUGAUGUAAACAGCGAUUUACUCAACGAGGACCCAGCGAGGGGAGACGAGAAUGGAGGUGCUGGAAACUAUGAUGUAAGAAAUAGUGGCGUAACGUCAACAUCUGGGUCUCAAAUCCACCGGGCACCCGAUGCGUCUAUACGGCAAAGCUGGGAGAUGAACUACCAGGAGGCGGCCAUCUUCUUGCAGGAGGGCGAGAACAAUGACAAGUUCUUCACCCAUCCUCGGAACCCCAAGGCGCUGGCGGCGUACCUCUUUGCCCACAACCACCUCUUUUACAUGAUGGAGCUGCUAACAGGCCUUCUGCUCAUGACUCUGUCGCUGUGCGAAGCUCCCGCCGUGCCUUCGCUGCGUUUGGACGUCUACAUCCACGCCACUCUGGAGCUCCUAGCCUUGGUUAUUGUGGCGUUUGAGCUGUGCAUGAAGCUUCGCUGGCUGGGCUUCCACACCUUCAUACGACACAAGAGGACCAUGGUGAAGGCGUUUGUGUUGCUGCUGCAGUUUGUAGAGGCCAUAGUGGUUCUGGUCCGACAGACGUCCCACAUGCGAGUGACCCGAGCACUCAGACCAAUAUUCCUGGUGGACUGUAGAUACUGCGGUGCUGUGCGCAGAAAUUUGCGGCAGAUCUUCCAGUCCCUCCCACCGUUUAUUGACAUUCUCCUACUACUGCUCUUCUUCAUGGUCAUAUUCGCGAUCCUGGGUUUCUGCCUCUUCUCUACAAACAAAUCAGAUCCAUACUUCAACACGCUGGAGAACAGCAUGGUUAGCCUCUUUGUACUGCUGACCACAGCAAAUUUCCCUGAUGUGAUGAUGCCGGCGUACGCAAAGAACCGCUGGUCCUGUGUGUUCUUCAUUGUGUACCUCUCCAUUGAGCUCUACUUCAUCAUGAACCUGCUCCUUGCAGUGGUGUUUGACACAUUUAAUGAUGUGGAGAAGAUGAAGUUCAAGUCUCUGUUGCUUCACAAGCGCUCUGCUGUCGACCACGCCUUCCAGCUCUUAGUCAGCCGGCAGAGGCCAACGGGUGUCUCACUGAAACAGUUUGAUGGCCUGAUGCGUUUUUACAGACCACGGAUAUCUGCCAGAGACCGCUUCCUUACCUAUAAAGCUCUUAACAGAUCUGGUGCUCCUAUGCUCAGUCUGCAGGAUUUUUAUAAGUUCUAUGAGGUGACAGGCCUUAAAUGGAAGGCACGACGCAGUGGGGAACACUGGUUUGAUGACCUCCCACACACAGCCUACAUUAUUUUAAAAGGCAUUAACCUGAUGGUGAAGUCGAAGGCCUUCCAGUACACCAUGUAUGUGGUCGUGGCCAUCAACGGCGUGUGGAUCUUCGUGGAGACAUUCACACUUGAGAGUGGCUUCUCCUGGUCUAAAUUGGUGCCAUGGAAUUAUACUGUCUUCCUUACCAUUUAUGGUGUGGAAGUGCUGUUGAAGAUCUCAGGCUUGGGACCGUUGUCUUAUUUCAGCUCUGGGUGGAAUCUGUUUGACUUCUCUGUGACCGCGUCUGCCUUCCUGGGUCUGAUUACGCUCGCCUUGAAUAUGGAGCCUUUCUACUUCAUCGUUGUGCUACGGCCACUACAGCUCCUUCGGUUGUUUAAGAUCAAGAAGAGGUAUCGCAACGUGUUGGACACCAUGUUUGAACUCCUGCCCAGGAUGGCCAGUCUGGGUUUGACCUUGAUCAUCUUCUACUACUCGUUUGCCAUUGUGGGCAUGGAAUUCUUCGCUGAUUAUAUUCACCCCAACUGCUGCAAUACCAGCACAGUGGCUGACUAUUACAGGCAGGACGUCGUCACAAUUGACAACAAAACAGUGGUGGAAGGAGGCUACUAUUAUCUCAACAACUUCAACAACAUUCUUAGCAGUUUUGUCACUCUCUUUGAGCUGACUGUUGUGAACAAUUGGUACAUCACAAUGGAAGGAGUGACCUCCAUGACCAGCCACUGGAGUCGUCUCUACUUCAUGACCUUCUACAUCGUCACCAUGGUGGUCAUGACCAUUAUCGUGGCCUUCAUUCUGGAUGCAUUUGUGUUCCGCAUGAACUACAGCCGCAAGAAUCGGGAAAUGCUGGAGAACCCAGAGGAUGAGAAUGGAAUCAUGUUUGAAGUAGAAGUGAGCCGUGACGAAGCUCUGUCCACUCUGGAAUUUUACAAGCAGGCAUGUCCUGGACAGUCAUCUCUCAGCUCUAUGCUGGGAGUCAUGCAAGCGAUGGAUCGCUGUGGGGGUGAACAAAACUCGCCUCUGUUAUACCAAGGGCGGAGGUCGAGGACUAAGGGUGACCUCAGCAUGAAAAUGUAUGAAGAAGAGAUGCAGGUGUGGUAUUUAGAGUAUUCAAGGGAAAACCUGCCUCAGCCAGACCAAAAUCAAGAACCCGACUUGGACAGUCCCACCUCCAAUCCGCCUUUUGUGCCUACGCCUCAGCUAAACUCACAUACUGGACCUUACAGUAUUAACUGACCAACUCGUGCGGCAGUGAUACUACAAACAAUUGUUUCACUCCGGGACUUCUAAUCCCACCCCAACACACUCACCUUUUCACACAGUGGGAGCCGGUCUGGUGUCUGUUGAACAGAUGUGAGAUGAGGACACGGUGUCUGUCCUCACACCGGAGAGACAGCAGGUCCACUGCUGUCAGACAUGUGGUGGAUUUGCCAGGGACCAUUCAACUUUAUAGGAGGAACCUGUCAAUAAUACUUCUUACAGUAUGUAAUGUACAUAUAUAAUGGUGGAGGUCUUUUGUGACCUUUUGAAACCCCCAUUUAACCAAAGUUGGGCUGCUAUGAAUAUUGUCAGAUGAUGACUAGUACAUUUCCUCAACAGCUUACCAAUUGAGGUCCUAAGUGAGCCCAAGUAGCAAUAUCCAUGCAAUAUUUUAAUGCAGUAAUAGUACCUGAGGGUGUCCAAAUCUACAUUCAGUACUUACUGCUGAAUUCCUAGCUAUCAAAUCAAUUUUGUAUAGUGACUAAAAUCAACCAAGAUCAUCACUUUAUCUUUGUACUGUAUUAAAUUGUUAUAUUUCUGUGUAACACAA